CGCUCUGAGGUCUCUUUCCUCGGCUCGGCUCAGGGACGCAGCAGCAGCAGGGGCUGCGGCGGCAGCAGCGCUCGCACCGCUAGUACGGCUCGCCUCGCUCGCCUCCUUUGUGUUCAGGCAGCGGCUGCGCCGACACCGCCUACUCCGCUUCUUGCUGCUGCCCUCUCCGUUCCCAGAGCCCCGCUCCCGGGCCGGAGGCCUCCCGUCGGCUGCGCAGCCGGCUUUCGAUGCCCGGCGGCACCCGCUUAACUGCAUCGCCGCCUUCCUUCCCCGUGAGCGGAAGACCAUGUCUGCGGCUUCGGGAGCCGGCUCGGCGGUCGAGGCGGGCUUCUCCAGCGAGGAGCUGCUGACGCUCCGCUACCCGCUGCAUCGCGCCUGCCGGGACGGGGACCUGGCGGCGCUGUGCGCCCUGCUCCAGCACACGCCCCGCGCCCACCUGGCUGCCGAGGACUCCUUCUACGGCUGGACGCCCGUGCACUGGGCCGCACACUUUGGGAAGUUGGAGUGCUUAAUACAGCUGGUGAGAGCUGGUGCUACUCCGAAUGUCUGUACAACACGAUUUGCCCAAACACCUGCCCAUAUUGCUGCUUUUGGAGGACAUCCUGAGUGCCUGAUCUGGUUGAUCCAAGCUGGAGCCAACAUUAACAAACAGGAUUGUGAGGGUGAAACUCCUAUUCACAAAGCUGCACGUUCUGGUAGUAUGGAUUCUAUAAGUGCUCUUGUGGCUAAUGGAGCUCAAAUCGACUUAAGAAAUGCCAGUGGCCUGACAGCAGCAGACAUUGCACAAACCCAGGGUUUCCAAGAAUGUGCCCGGUUUCUCUUAAACCUCCAGAAUUGUCAUCUGAAUCGUUUCUAUACUAAUGGCACCUUAAAUGGGGUUCAUCAGAAUGCAUUUCCUAAUCAUGUUAGUGGUGGGACAAAUCGAAAGCGGUCGUUUGAAGAUAUCGAGUCUGCUGGAAUAAAGAAGGCUAGAACUGAAGCUCAGAGCUUUGUUUGCUCCAUACCACAAGUGAACGGAGGAGCUGACGAUGAUGCUGACAGUAUGCACAUUGAUAGAGAGUUUGCUGUUGUAUCAGGUGGGAGUGGACAGUUUCCUGUUAACUGCAACAACAUUCAAAUGGUUGAAGACAUCAAACAACAGGAGAGUGGUUCUAUUGGACCAAAAGAGAUAGAAAUUUAUACAGUUACAUCAAUGCAAACCCCUUGUCGUUAUAUGAAUAGCAGUAGCUCCGUUUUGAAUACAUUGACAAGUGGAUAUGCCACCAAUGGACAUUUGGACUUCCCUUCCACGACACAGCUCAAUGGGAUGGAAAACAGGAAUGGAGAAUGCUUAACAGCACCUAAUGGAAUUAGCAGUGGAUUAAUUCCAGGACUGACUUUUGCAAAUAGCCAGAAAACUCCCUCUGUUAAUGGUGCUGAAGAAUCAGAAAAGACUAUGAACAUUUCUCCUGAUAUGUGUGGCUCUCUACACCUGAAUGGGAGCCCAAGUAGCUGUGUAGCUAAUAGACCUUCCUGGUUAGAUGAUAUUGGAGAUAAUUUGCACUAUGGACAUUACCAUGGGUUUGGAGACACAGCUGAGAGCAUCCCAGAACUUAAUAGUGUUGUUGAGCAUUCCAAUUCUGUCAAAGUGGAGGAGAAAUAUGAUAAUACUAUCUUGGGCACAAUGCACCUUUAUCAUGGUUCCUAAAAGUCAAUGUAUUUUCUUCAUUUGAAACACAUUGAUUCAUGCUGAUGACUGACUUUGGGAGGAAAUAUCCAUGUAGCAUUAAUUUGGAGAGGAAUGCCACAACUAUCAUUUUUUACACUUUGAUUUAAUGGGAAAAGUAAAGAUUCCAUUUGACGGUUUCCUAGUUAAAGUGAAGUCUUAGUUUGUUGCAUGAGUGGGACUUAGUGACUAGUUAUUGUUAUAGUGGGAUGCUCUUUCAGAAUUAAGUUCCUUUUUGACAUUUACUGGUCACCAAGCCCAAUACUAGCACCAAAAAUUGAUGUUUUACCUGUAAAAACUGAGUUGUAUACAGGUGGAGAUAGAAUUCGAGAGGCCAAAAAUAAGUGUCAUAAUUACUUAAGUUUAUUAUGCUUGGGCAUAGCUAUAAAAUUUUUUAUUUACUUUUCUAGUUGAGCCUAUAGUAAGAGAAGACCCAUGUGCUCUCCUUUUGUAAGGUCUAAACUAUUUCAGUCUUAGAAUAGAUUUCUCACACCAAUUUGCAAUGUUUAUAUGGAGGAAAGGACUUUUGUCUUGAACUCAAUGACACUUGAAAAUGAGUUUUCACCUUUUGUGUGGUAAAAUUUAUAAUUGGACAUGUACAGUCCCUUCUUUGGUGUCAGUUACCAAGUAAAAUAUUUGACUUAUGACUUGAAUGAAGUGGAGUGGGUCAGAGCCCAGUGUUUGGUGGCAAACAAAUACAGCCUGGAGUUAAUCCUAUGUUAGACUAUUUUUAUCUUGCAUUUUUACUUUAUGUGCUUAAUACUUUACCAUAGAUCAUCCACUGAAGGGAUGCUAGCACGGUUUAUUUUAUAUGCAAUGAAAAUUACUGUCAUUUGUAGAAUUUGUUAGGUCAGAGUAUUUCAAUUUGACUGUUUUUGAUACAUGUUGGAUUUCCCUUCCCUCCUCCACUCUUUGGGGGUAUAUUCUGCUUUAGACUUCUGCUAUGUAUAUUUAGCCAGUUGAGAGACCCUUGAGGGAGUCUCCUACUGAAUUUGUAUUGUUUAUAGUUUUAUACAAAUGAACAGUGAUGCAGCUAGUAGCGACACUGCAAGUAUUGUAAUGAUUUUCUGCUUUGGUGAUUUCAUAAUGAAGAAUGGUGUGAUGGAGAAAAUGUCAAAUGAAUAAACCAGUGUCCUAAGAGAACUAUGCCAUCCUUUUUUUGUUUUGUUUAAAAAGGGACCUUUACAAAUUGAAUAAAAAAUAAAUUUCUUAUAUGCUCCA